UAAUACAUACAAGUGAUGUGACAAGUAUUAAUUCACGUUCUACUUUAAAUUGUUAUCAAACUAUAUUAACCCUUCAACAACUUUUAAUUUCUCUUUUAAGCGUUUUCUCGUUUGAUCGUCAGGACGUCGAAAACAGCGGACCAAUAUUGCCGCAGGGAAAAAUUUCAAUCAGGCCACGAGACAUACAAAGAACGAGUACGUAAUAACGAUGGAGAACAAUUUCACGCUACAGUGAAUACAGUUAACAAUUAUUAUAAUUAGAGAUGCAAGGUAAUUAAUUAAAGUAGCAUUGAAUUGAUAAAAAAAAAUUGAUGCAGGUAAUAUUGCGUGUACCAGGCGCUCCCUUAAUCAGUAUCGCCCGUAGUGCAGACCAGGAGAGACUCAUAUUAUUUAACCCUAUUAUUUUUUAUGUAUAUUCUUUGAAUGCAUUAUUUCUUUAAUAACAUUAUAUUCUAAAGUAUGUAUUUAAUACCUUCAGGAACAAUGCGAUUAACUUAAACAGAGAAGGUAUCGAUACAUCGAUAGCGGGAUAUAAAGUGAAAUUCAAAGCCGUAGAGUAUUAUCCCAGGUCAGUACGCUUUGAUCAUCUCAUACUCUGAAUAUUUCUAUACAUCUCUCUAAUAAGUCUCAUUCCAGGAUUACGCACACAGAGAGAAUAAUUAUGGGCUUGCGCAGAUCGUUGGUCGGGGGUGGGGGGUGUGUGACUAAGGAGAAAUAAAGCCUCGAGCCCAGCCGGUGAAUGCGGCCGCGAAUAGCGAAAUUUCUCCGAUCCGUCUCGUUCUCCCAGAAAUCAGAGAACCUCUACUUGCUUCAAAGUUUAUCGUUCUGCUGGUACGGACACGCUGGAACAUCGGCAGCUGGUCGCAACGUUUUCCUGGAUGCCGAGGCAUGCGCCCUAAAAACUCUGGGAUUGAUGUAUUGCAGAGCGCAGAUAACGCAUAGGUUUAAUAGAAAAUUAAGAUAUCGAUGUGCUGAAGAUAAUUUUCAAAUAAUUACGGAGGCAGAGGAAGGAUACUUAUCUUUUUUUAGUCAGCCGAGGAAUGAAUAUUUGAUCUGCAUUUAUUACCUGCUGUGGACAGCAACGCUGAGUCCGAGGCUUACCUUAGAACAGGAAACGAGUACUGCGAAAAAUUGGGACUGUCCUGCAGAAUGCAUUUGUCUUUCCCCGAAACAGGUUCUUUGCAACACAGGUGGGCUAAAAGACAUUCCCACGCAACAGUUGUCUCCAACAGUGGAGGAACUCUCUCUGACGAAGAACAACUUCCCGAUAAUAAAAGGCGAUGCGUUCGCCGGUCUGAGAGUCCUGAGGAAGCUAACAAUGGAUGGUAACAACAUCUCCACGAUACGUCCAUUCGCGUUCCGCGGAUUGAGCCGAUUACGUGAACUCUCUAUCCAACAUACACCUCUACCGUUCAUCGAGAAGUUUUCCUUUGCUGCUUUGCAAAAUGUAUCCGUAUUGCUACUGGCGAAUAAUAAGAUCCGGUACAUCGAGGGAUACUCUUUCGCCGGCACGUCGAACAUACGUGUGAUACUGUUAAGCAAUAAUCCACUGCUCAGAAUUCAGAGUCACGCAUUCUCAGGCCUAACGAAUGUCGUUCGCUUGAUUUUUCCCUCGGGAAUCAGAACCAUCGAACCGGACGCUUUCGAUGGCCUCCAGCAUGUUGGCCUACUUAAAUUAACCUACAUGGAUCUGUCUUCCCUUCAGUCCUACACGUUCCGUGGUCUCUUCUAUGUGCAUUCGUUAAAUAUCCAAGAAAGCGACUUAGGUAUUAUUGAAAAGGACGCCUUCACUGGCCUGUCUCGCGUCGAUCGGCUGAAUAUAUUGAACAACAAGAUUGAUCUCAUCGAAAGACUGUUCCUGAAGUACGAGAAUAAUAUCGAGUUGCUAAGGUUUCAUGGAAAUCAUGUAUUGGAGGCACCUCGUCACGCUAAAGACGUGAACCUUGAAGUAGCCUCCAUCAGCGCCAUUGAUAAUCAUUUUCCCUGUGAUUGCCAGGCUCAUAAUAUCCUAGAGAGCGAUUUUGUCAAUGGCACUGUCCACGAAUUUCAGAAGAAAAAUUACUGUAUCUCGCCUAUCGAGUACAAUGGAAAGCCUAUGAACCUCGUCGACUUUGAUCUGAUUGCAAGAUGUCAUGAUAAUGUUGUACAAGACAACCUUGGCUCUGGCGUUGUCGGGAUUUUUACACUGCCGACGACUUUGUUUCUUAUUCUUCUGUUCUCCAUGAAUCUUUUUCAAUGAGUCAAAUGUUUAGGAGUCAAGUGUAUCGCUAUUGGGGUUGUAGUAUUAGUCUGGGUGACUUCCAUCGUGUCUGCAUUUCAAAGUAGUUGAUGACCUUUUUGUUACAAAGGGGUUAAUAAUCACUGUCUUUUUUAAUUUGUGAUUUUCUAGUAUUAGGACAUAUUUAGUUUAAAAGAAAUAAGACUUAAUAGCAAUAAGUAAGAUUUAUUAUCUUGUAUAAAUGCGUAUAUAUCAUUUUCUUCAUUCAUGAAAUUUAGGUACAUAUUACUGCCAUUUACAUAUCUUAUUUGAUAGAGUUAAACUUUGUUUUAAAAAAUCACAAGUAGAAAAAUGUGAUUGUACUUUAAUUAUUAAGGCAGGUGAUUGUUACUUGUAUUUUAUUGAAAAUAUAAGACGAAUAACAUCUAAACUGCCGCCUUUCAAUUUGUAAAAGUAACACUUACGUGAUGGAUUAUUGUUGUAAUUUCACUUUAUGAAACCGCUAUUAAAAUGUCAAUCAAGAUCUCUUAUUAACGUUCACCACCUUCUCGAUUAUUGUAAUUCGCACGACUACGAGCUUUAACUGAUCCAUGUAAAUGGAUCAACGAAACUGCAUAUGUUAUGGAUUUAUUCUGUAAAUUAGUGGUGAUUUUUAUCACACUUAAUACUUCAUAUCAUGUUGACCUCUCGUUUUGUAUUUUGAUUUUUAUCAAUUACUCUUAAACUGUUCAUUCUACAUAGAUACUAACAUCUUAUUGUUCGUAUAUAAGUAAGUCUGAUUGAUACAGUUCCAUGUAUUUAAUAUUAAUUUAUGUUAAGUGUACAAAACAAGGGGUUAACAAUCAGAUUUAAAUAAAUAACUUUCGAUGACGAUAAUGAAAGUAUAUUAGAAAUUAAGGAUAUAUAAUAAAUUCACCCUGUACGAAGGGAUAAAAUUUGCGUGAUUCAAAAAAGAUAAAUAACUAUAAUUUAUGCUUGAAAAGUUAACUCUUCGAGGAUGUGUAGUGUUCCAUUUAUAAAUUUGUAUUAUUGAUUGAUAUACAUAUACAUAUGUAUACUUGUAUCAUUUAUAUUUAAUAAUAAUAUAGUUGAUGCUGACACGAUACUCUUAGAGUUAACUUAACGAAUGAUUGUUCUACGUAUACGUAGUCUUCCGUGCAUAAAAGAACCAUUUAAAAAGAUCAGAUUUAUUAUGCAAGAACAUAUUUUAAUGCUAGUCAGAAUUUCCUAUUGAAAUGCAAGCAGUCACUUGUUGCGUUUCGGGAGCAACUGUUUCUUUAUUUAGAAAUUUUAUUAUAUUUUUAAGCAAAUCGCAAUAUGUAUGUAUACUUUACUAAUUAUACCACCUGAAGUUGUUAAUAUUCCAAAACCUUUUUAUAUGUAUGUUUAUUAUUUUUAACAAAUUGUUAUAUUUACACUGUUUUACUGAUCAACUUUUUGACUGAAGAUUGAUAAUCGAUGUAUUAUGCUUCUGACUAUAAAAUAAAAGGGAAAUAGUUUUUCCCUUGCCAUUUGUAAUGUAAAAUUUGCGUGGCCUUCGGUCAGCAUAGUAACCGAGGACCAAACUAGCUUAUAUUUUUUACCAACAUCUAAUAUUGUAACAGUAUAACGAAAUUAAUAAUUAAAUAGUGUAACCUUUUAUUGUAGUUAGAACGGUCUGUCAUUUAAUAAACGACAAAAGU